AUGGGCGAUCCCGAUGUGGAGGACUCGAGGCCAGAUGGAUUCAUCAGUCUCGAACGGGACUGCAUUCCCCUUUCGGAUAUGAUCAAGGCCCAGGGCAUCGACGACCUCACCAGGUGAGAUUACUUUUCCUUUUUACGCCCAUUUUACUCAACGCUUAAUCCCCGGAAUCACUCAAACAACCGAAAAAUCGGGUGGUUCUUUGACCCCCAAUCUUUAAUUCCCAUAUAAUUUUGUAGCUUUCCAAGAAGCCGUCUUCUAACGAUAAGCCAUUUUUUUGACGUCACAACGACCUCUUUUUUAAUUUUUUUAAUCCAAAAACGCUUUGCCUUUCUGAAUACUCAUAUAAGAAUCCUGAAAAUAACAAGAUUCUUAUAUUUAGGGCCGUUUACAACCGCCUUCGUACUCUUCUUGCAUUGUCCAAGACCUCUUGGCCAUUUUUUGCUGAUAAUUCCCGGAACUACGUCAUUAGGCGUUGAAUGCCCCGGAAUUUGUAGAAAUAAAUUUUGAAAAGGCCAUGCAACAAUGUCAAUGUCAUCCAUCUACAAAGUAAUACCCACAUGUACUUAAAAAGCUCUGUUUUAGUCGGCUGACGGUUCAGGCUCUCUUUGGAUUGGUUUACCUUGUUUUAUUUGUUCUCGGAUUGGUUGGGAAUGGAGGCGUUUUUCUGGCAGUUCUACAAAACAAACGACUACGAUCAGCACGAAACAUAUUCCUCCUAAAUCUGAUCUUAACGGACAUCUUGUUGUGUUUGACGGGGAUCCCAGUAACUCCGUGGUAUGCUCUGUCCAAGGAGUGGGUGUUCGGGUCGUUAAUGUGCCGAUUAAUGCCUCUCAGCAACUCUUGUUCAGUGUUCGUUACAAGGUGAGUAUUUGCGUAGUUUGGUUCAUCACACUCGUGUUACAAAUAUUUUAAAAACCACUUUUAAUGAAUAUUUUUUGCAUUAGGUAUGGUUUAAUUCCAUUCAAAUUUUAAAACUUAUUUUUGCAAAUUUGAUGAUUAAAAGUCGUCGGAAUUGAACAAGACUUGUUUAUCUAGGAUUGCCUGAGGGCAUUAAUUUCAAGACAACUGCUUUUCUUGAUCCCUGAGACCAUAAAUUGUCUAAAGUUUUUUUGUGAUCCGAAGAGAAUUUGUUCAGAAAAACAAUGAGAUUUAUGAAACCAUUGGAAUACUUGGCGGUCUCUAAAGAAAGCGAUGACCUCGUAUCACGAGAAUCUCAUAAUUAAUGAGAAGCCGGAGAUUAGUGGGAAUCAUUGAGACAAGCUCUGUUUUAAAUGGUGUCUGUUUAAUGGCUAAUGCAAAACUUUUCAUUUUGUAACAGAAAAUAUUAUAUUGUAGCAGGACGAAUGACACGGUUGAUUAGAAAGCACGACGCAUCACAUAUUACGCGCUCAUUUGAAUUACCUUUCAGUUGGUCGUUGACUGCGAUAGCCAUCGACAAAUUCAUGCACAUAAUCGACCCGACCAGAGAACAGUUCAGUAUGAAGUUGGCGGGCAUGGUGACUGUCCUCAUCUGGGCCGUCUCUACUUGUGCCAAUAUUCCUUAUUUGAUGUCCAGUGAAUUGGUGGACGGGGCGCACUUUGUGCCUGUUAAUUCUACUCCUUUUUGUGGCCAUUUCUGUGAAGAGACCAACUGGAAAGGAGAAUAUCGACUUUUCUAUGGGACCACCGUCAUGGUGUUUCAGGUAUAUAUGUUAUACCUAUUGUACUUUGAUUACCAAUCACUAACAAUAAGAUUAUUUAUCAUUCUACGCUCUAAGUUGCAAAUUUCAGUUUGUGAUUCCAUUGAGUAUCAUCAUGUAUUGUUACUCGAGGAUAUUUGCCAAAGUGCACAAGGACAUGAUCAUCCAGAAUGUCCAAUUCUGCCAAAGUCUUACCAAUUCACAACGAGUCGAUGCCGAGAAGAGGUGAGUUACAUUACUUUGCUGCUUAAAAUUAAAUUGAACUGUUUCUAUUAAUAGUAAUGUCAUCUUGUUACAUCAAGAUCUUUUAUUCCUCCCGAACACAUUUUACCAGGUCUUGUUUUGGACUUGAUAUUGUGGAAUAUGUAAUAACCCUAUGUGGAGACGUAUUUUGAAAAACAUUUUCAGAAAAAAACGGGUCAACUACAUUUUAAUAGCCAUGGUGGCCACCUUUAUCCUGUGCUGGUUCCCCAUUACCAUUGUGAAUCUGGUCAAGGAUUUCCGUAAGUUCAUCUUUUAAGCGUUUUAAGAUUGAAGUCUUAUGAAAUCAUUGUGCUGAAUGUUUUUCUAGAAGUGGAGCCGGCUUUUAUGACAGCGCAGCCAUAUCUGUGGCCUUUGAUCGCUCAUUCCGUGGCGAUGUCGAUUGUGGUCUGGAAUCCUUUAUUAUUUUUCUGGCUGACACGGAAACAGAAACGUUCCCAUCUGGGUGGCAUCUUGCACACAAGUGAGAUCAUCACUUCGCUCACCUCUCGGAUGCAAUCAAUUCGAUCAACAGCCGGGGAUUCUGUUCGUCUGGGCUCAACAAGGUCAGUCUAGUCAAAUUUCAAGGGGAUUAGGGGAAACUAGUCGGUUUGGGAGUAAGUUACACAAUAGACAUCAACACGUUCAUUACGCCACAAGGCAUUUUUUUACACACGGGAUUCGUGUCAAUUGAAAGAAUUGCAUGCUUUGAAAGGUUUGGAGAGGUUUUACGAACAAGUUAAUACUUUGAGCGUUGGGAUCUAAAGAAAUGACAUCCGCAGAUCCGAUUCAUUGACAAUUGAGAUUAACAUUCAAUCUUCAGGAUACGCAGACGAACCCCCAGCGAGAAAUGCUGCUCCAGGAACAAUUCCGUCCAGUCAAGGCCGUUGAUCGUUAGCCAGACGGACAAUGGCACCACUCCCACGGCUCUGCUCACCAAGGCCAGCUCCAUGGAGAAUAACAUGCUCUAG